AUGUCUGUGUACAUCUUGUUGACAGAAUCCACCAAGCUGUCCCCUCCCACAGUGAUGACACUAGAAAAGACAACACCAGACAUUCAAGACAUGAAAGCUCCAAUAUCUGUAGUUGAAUAUUAUCCAGAAACAUCAAGAAGACUAAAUGAUUUUGAAACAACCUUAUCAUCCCUUCAAGACACAAAACAAAAGACUGAAGAUGACAUGUCAGAAAUAAAACAAUGGAGAGACAACUUUGUAACAGAAUACAGUGAUAUGGGGAUUAAAGUUGAAAAUUUAAAAACAAAAGAACCAGAAAAAGACAAAAGACUAGAAAAACUGUCUCUAGAUAUGAAAGAAUAUGAAAACAACCUGCACACACUAAAUAAAGAGAUGAGAGUUUACACAGAUAAAACAGAUGAUGUAACACAAGAAAUUAAAAGACAUUCUCAAUGGAUAUCUGCUAUACAAGAAGAUACAACAAAAACCUUUGAUAUAUUAUUGUCUAAGUGUGGCUCUUCAGCCUCUAAUGGCUUUGGUCUGCUGUUCAAUAUUCUCCAGUAUAGAAAUAUGUUUAUUUUGUUUUCCACAACUGAUAAUGUUGUGAUGUGUAAACUUCUACAACAAAGAUUGAUGUCAAUUGACAAAAUGAUUGAAACAUAUAAUCAAAACUCUGAGAAUAGGAAAGGGAAAAUAAAGAAGAUUGAAACUCUAGAAAAAGAAGUUUUUAGGUUGUCGCAUGAUCUUCAAGCAAUUGCCGUUCAACAAGUGAAACCUUCUAAACUGGGGUUCAUUGCUUCACAAGGUCGCUGGGAAGGGAAACAGUAUAUGGGAAGCCCAGUUAUUGCAUUUAAAGCUGUUCAACGUAACGUAGGAAACCAUUUUGAUCCAAACACUGGGGUGUUUACCGCCCCUGUUGCUGGCCUGUAUAAAGCAAGUCUUACAAUAAAACAAACAGGAGAUAAUGCUGUGGGAGCUGCUGUUGUGCGCCAUUCUGGUGAUGUGCCGUCACGGCUUGGUGAUGUUUUGACAAAAAAUAAAUCUGUAGAAGCUUCAGACACAUUUAUGGUUCUCAUGAAAACUGGAGAUAUUUUAUUUUCAAUCACUGGCUAUGUUGAUUGUUAUUGUACACAUUUUUCCUGUUCUCUUCUGUCAGACUAA